AUGCUACCUUGGCUCCUGCUGUUGAUCUGUGCUCCGCUCUGUGAACCCGCUGGAAUCCCCGUCUCUGAUGUGAACUUGGAGACACAGCCCCCAGGGGGAUGGGUGAUGGAGGGAAGCAAACUGGUCCUCAUUUGCUCAGUUGCUAAUGCCACUGGAAACAUAACGUACUUCUGGUACAGAGGGGCCCUGGGUUCAAAUCUGGAAACAAAGAUACAGCACUCACUGACGGCAGAGUUUGAGAUCGUGGAAGCGAAGAGCAGCGAUGCUGAGCAAUACUACUGUGCAGCUGACAAUGGCUACGGCCCUGUUCUCAGCGAGCUGGUGGACAUCACUGUCAGAGUUCCAGUGUCUCGCCCUGUCCUUACCUUUGGGGACUCUGGAACCCAGGCUGUGCUGGGGGACCUGGUGGAGCUUCACUGUGAGGCCCUGAGAGGCUCUCCCCCAAUCUUCUACCAGUUUUAUCAUGAGAAUGUCAUUCUGGGGAGCAGCUCAGCCCCCUCUGGAGGAGGAGCAUCCUUCAACUUCUCCGUAACUGCAGAACAUUCUGGAAACUACUUCUGUGAGGCCAGCAAUGGCCAGGGUGCCCAGCGAAGUGAGGUGGUGACUCUCAACCUAACAGAUCUCUCCUCAGUGCCCAUUGAGGCUGGAAGCAGUCAUCUCUCCUCAGGAGUCACCGAGUGGCUACUUGGCUGUCUGGGCCCCAUCACCAUGGCCCUAAUAUUUUGCUAUUGGCUCAAGAGAAAAAUAGGAAGACAACCGGAUGAUCCACUCAGGAGCCCUCCUAGGCCUGUGCUCCAAGAAUCCAGCUACCUCAACUCACCUGACCCAAGGCAGCUACAGUCCCUGUAUGAGAACGUGAAUGUUGUCAGUGGUGACGACAUUUACUCACUGGUGUACCAUACCCAGCAGGAGAUGGAGCCAGCAGUGGCUCAGCACAUGAGGACACACGGGGCAAGUGAGGUCUCCUCUGACAUCUAUUCUAAGGCAAGGAAGAUAAACAUUGCAGAUAUGGACUAUGAAGACCCUAUGUAAAAUGAUGGGAACAGCGUCUGUGAAGUGCUGUGAGAAAGCCAAAGGCCUGAUGUGGACUCCGGGGAUGCUGGGAAAGGAUAGUUUGCCGGUACAACUUCCCCACAGGCUUCCCUUCACAAGAUGGCUCCUUCACCUACCCAAUGUGAAGUUGGUACAAGUCCUGGAGAAACAACUCAGGAAAACCAACUUAGACCCAGAAGCUGGAAAGAUUUGCUGGUGGCAUCUGGUUGUUGCCCAUUCAUGCUGGAGCAGGACAAAUUGCCUGCUGACUUUUAUUUACAAGAGGAAAAUGGGGCAAUGAAAGCAACUGAGGGCUUGGAGCAGAGAGACAGCAAGACUUAAGUGUGCACAGAGCC